UGUCCAUGAUGACGAUGGCGCUGAUCUCCGGCGAGCGGUUCCUGGCGGUGACGCAGCCGGCCAUCCACCGCACCCGGAUGUCGCGCCGUCUGCUGGCCCGCCUGGAGGCGCUGGUGUGCGCCGAGGGCGUCGUGUUCGCGGUCGUGCCCAUCGUCUUCCGCUGGGUGCGCUACGACCGGUGGGAGGCCGUGUGCGCCAUCGACUGGUUCACGUACAGCGAGGCCCUCAUCUACGUGCUGGUCGCCUUCGUCGUGUGCUUCUCCGUGCCGGCCGUCUUCAUCCUCAUCACCAACACCACCAUCAUCUGGGUCAGCUACGUGUCGUCCCGGGCGAGGGUCCUGCCGCACCCGCUGGCCGCGCAGGAGAGCGGCCAGCCCGGGGCGAAGGCCGGGCGCCCCGAGAAGAGGGCCAACCGCUCGUCUCUCCAUCACGUGAUCGUCAGGAGCAUGUUAGUCGUCAUCAUGGCCUUCUUCGUGUUCCUGACGCCCUUCUCCGUCACGAAGCUCAUCAAGAUGUGGACGAUGGACGAGGGCAGCGUCCCGGGGCCCGUGAACCUCGCGGCGACGCUCUGCCAGUACGUGGCCUCCGCCAUCAACCCCUUCAUCUACUUCCUCCUGCGUCGGGACUACCGCGCUGCGGCCUGGCGCCUCCUGCGGCGCGGGGAGCAGCCGCUUCCUCCAAACACCCAGCGCCAACUUCAGCCCCCAGAUGGACCGACCGAGUCAUGUGACAUGGUGAACCUCAACAAGGUCACCAAAUUCUGAAGACGAGAGGGACGCCGCGGCAGAGAACGAACAAGUCUUGGACUUGUUCUGCCAAUCAGCGAUUGACGGAACAAUAGCCAACACUCAGGACGCAGCGAGGCGGCGCUGCCUGCAGCCCCGAAUUCCAAAAGUACAAGUGUAGCUAGGGAAAGAGAGAGA